GGGUCGCCCACACCGGCUUCCAAUCUUCUUGCCAUUUACCAUUUGCCUGGCGCACGAUAUUUCUUAUGAUCCUUUCUAGUGUAUAACUUGUAGUAAUGUUGUUUUCCACCCCCAAAUCGCGGUCGCGCCGUCAGUGGCUUCUCCCGCUCGUCGCCAUCACUACCUCUCUAGCCACCCAUGUCGCCGCAGCCGAGAUAGCUCCUCAUGAGUUGCCGUCUUACCACUAUGGCGCUCCCAUUCGUGUUGAGUGCAUGAAUCGCAGCUCAGAAACCGGCGAACACAUUGAAACCCCCGCCCACGAAAUCCAAUGGAUCCCCUUCCCCAUGUGCGAAGAAACCAAAGCCCCCCUCGAAUUCAACUACGGCAUCGAGACCGAGCAGAACUGCACGAUCCCCAUGAUCGACGACCCCUUCUUCCACCUGCUCGAGUUCUACAUCCACUCCGACGCUCCUCUUACCUGCCGCCUUCCCGCGCGCCCUCCCCCGCAAGUCGAGAUCGUAGGCGAGAAGCCCCACGUUACCGAAUACGUCCCGCUGGUCUUUGCGCUGGCUGGGACGCUGCAACUCAGCCAUAUGCACAUCUCGACGCACAUGAACGUGCUGUUGCAUUCCACGCCAAAACAUCAUUUGCACAAGAAGGAUUCAGGGGUGUUGGAUAGCGCUACGGCGUACUCUACCUCUCCCCUGACGCACAUGGAGGGAAGCUCUACGAGGAGACUGGUGAUUGGGGACCCCCUACCGCUGCAGUUUUCCGUCAGAUGGUUCCCGACGCCGGAGCUCCCGCGAGUGGAGGGGAAGGUGGAGUGGCAGGGCAUGGGAGGGCACAUCUACGCCAGCACCGUCUUCUACGCUCUGUUGUCGUUUGGAGCGGGCGUGUGUGUGAGCAGUGUUUGGUUCUUUGGGAGCGUGUUGCCGCAGCGGCUGAAGGGGAGGAGCUUGGGGGGAGCGACCCCGUUGGGAUACGGUGGGGGCGUGAAGGACGUCCGAUCAACAAACAAAAUGGCCGUUUACAACGAAUCCCGCCUGAACUACGUUUGGCUGGCGUGGUUCGCGCUGUCGAUCCCCAUCAUUCUUUUCAUCGAUGCCCUCCACUUCUACCCUUCGUCCUGGUACUCCUCCCCCUCCGCCCCGCUACACAUCUUCCACCUAGCCCGCCAAGACUACAUCGCCCAAUACAACGACCCCAUCGUACAGUGGUCUCCCUCCACCUCCGUCCCGGGCUCCCACGACUCCUGGAUCGGUUUGUUCUUGUAUCUCGAAUUCGGCUUCACCUUGCCCGUGGUGCUCUACGGAUUCUUUCUGUUGGCAGUGAAAAGAAAGGGAACCACGGGACGGGAUGAGCUCCUUUUCCUCGUGUAUGCGCUGGAGACGGCCUUGACUACCUUGGUGUGUAUCUACGAUGUUGGGUAUUGGGAUCCGGCCGUGUAUAGCGAGGAGGCGAAAAGAACCAUGGUUUUGCAGUUCUUUGGGCCGUGGUUUUUGGUUCCCAGCAUUAUGGCUGUUGACAUGGCUAGGAGGAUCCUGGGGAGAAUCAAGGUUGCUGAUGAGGCUAUGGAGGAGAGGCAGAGGAGAAAGGGGCAGUGAAUCCAGACUCCCAAGUUGUGGUUCGAUUUCCACGCCGUGCUUGUUUCAAGUAAACCGAGAAACCAUG